UCUCUCUCUCCCUCCUUCCCUCCCUCUCUCUCAGGUCGCUGGAGUGAAGGAGCAGUGUGUAGCAGGGCUUUCGGCUAAUGCUAUCGUGGCUAGCUGUGUUGUGGCUCAAGUACAAACUGUGGUCUAUUAGUGCGAUACACAGGGAGUAAAAGCAGUGGCUCGUGCACCCUCUGUAGCGCACUAUGUGUUGGAUAAGGAGCUAUUUGGGAUGUAGCCGUCGAUGCGUGCUUGCUUGUCGGAUAUCAGUAAAAUGCCAGGUGUGCAGAGUGAGGGAGCUGCAGUAGGUGUGGGGAGUCCAGGCAGGAAAAACCGCCUGUCUCUAAAGUUCCUGCAGAGGAAAGAAACCAAGCGCGCGCUCGACUUCAGUGAGCCUCAGGCUGAGGAAGCCAGCUCUGCAGAACCAGCACACACCACAAGCUGUGAUCAGGUUGUGCCAGCUCCUUGUCCCUCAUCUCUUCCCUGUGGAAAAAGAGAGAGCCUUGUACCGUUUGUUGGCCUUAACAAUCUGGGAAACACCUGCUACCUUAACAGCAUCCUUCAGGUCCUGUAUUAUUGCCCUGGUUUUAAAGAUGCUGUUAAGUCAUUGUAUCAGUUGUCCAAGUUAAAGGACAAACAGAAAGAAGAUGGUGUCAAAAGUGAAGAGGGAGACUCGUCUGAAGACUCAAUGCCUGUUCACAUGGAAUUACUGCACAGCUUCCAGAGUUUAAUAUCUUCAGUGGAGCAGCUGCAGUCCAGUUUCCUGUUUAACCCAGACAAAUAUAACGAAGGAGAGCUGGCUACACCCCCACGCAGAAUACUCAAUACACUCAGACAGCUGAAUCCUAUGUAUGAGGGCUAUCUGCAGCAUGAUGCCCAGGAGGUACUGCAGUGCAUCCUCGCAUAUAUCCAGGAGGCCUGUGACACCAUUAAGAAAGAACUUAGAACCAACCCAGAUGAAAAACCAGUAGAGAGUGGGAUAACAGAUAGGAUAACACCUACCCAAGAGGAAGAGGAGAGCUCUGAUGGACAACUUAGUGGGAAAAGGAAGAGUGAUACAGAAGUGGGCAAUGCCAAGAAGAAGCCCAAGUCUCAGAGCAAACCCAAGAACAGCAAUGAGGUGAGCAGACCUUUCACCCGCUCAAAGAGAAAAUCCUCCAGUGAUGUGGCUGGAAAUUCUGUCAGUGACCAGAGGGAUGUGGCAGAGAAGGACAAGGAGGAGAAAGAGGGAAGAAGUAACGCAGAGGAAGAGAAGAGCGAAGGAACCGCAAAGGAGGCGAAUAAAAGGAAGAAGAGGGCAAAACUGAACUGGCUGAAACCUUCAGGGAAGCAGCCCAGUAUUUUCUCCAAAUUCCGCAGCACGGGUCGAAUCAGCUCUCAUGUGGGAGACAGAGCAGAGAGCAAGGACCAGGAUUCGGGCAGCAGUGAGCAGCACCAGGGUAAAGCCACUCCCAAAAGUGAGACCACCAUACAAAAUCAAACUGCAUCAAAGACAGAAGCAGAACUCCAGGGCUUGGAUAUGCUGAAGCAGCUGUUCCAGGGUCAGCUGGUGCUGAGGACGCGCUGCCUGGAGUGCGAGUGCUACACUGAGAGGAGAGAGGACUUCCAGGACAUAAGUGUACCAGUGCAAGAGGAUGAGACCAGCUCAGAGGCCAGUUCAGAGAUUUCCCCAGAUCCUAAGCCAGAACAGAAGACUCUGAGGUGGGCCAUCUCUCAGUUUGCGUCAGUGGAGCGGAUCGUCGGUCAGGAUAAAUAUUUCUGUGAGACCUGUCACCACUACACUGAGGCGGAGAGGAGUCUUCUGUUCGACAAGACCCCUGACGUUGUCACCAUUCACCUCAAGUGUUUUGCAGCCAGUGGCUCUGAGAUGGACCCAUAUGCUGGACUGUCAAAGGUGAACACACCUCUCCUCACUCCCCUCAAACUCUCCUUGGAGGAAUGGAGCACACGAACCUCUGCUUCCCACCAGAAGCACCAUUACAGACUCUUCGCUGUGGUGAUGCACAGCGGAGUGACCAUCAGCAGCGGCCAUUACACCACCUACAUCCACAUGAUGGACCUCCACCGCACCAAGCUCGAGCUCCAGCCUCAGGAGGAGAGUCAGAAAGAGGAAGAUGGAGAGACAAAACCACUGAAGAAGGAAGAUGUUUCUUCACCUGACUAUGAUGAUGGUGAGGUGUCCUUCAGCUUAAGCUCCAAAGUGAAGACUACGAUUAACGGAACGAGUUUGUCAGGCAAAGCCGGAGCAAAGAGGUCUACAGAAGGGGUCAGUCUACUGGGAGGCCAGAGAAGCAUCUCAAGCUAUGAGAUCGGCUCCAGCAAGCAGGCCGCUUCAGAGAAACCUGCUAACGUGGCCACUUUCACCAGUUCACCUGCGAAGAACGGAGUGGUGAAGAAGGAAAGGGAUGCAGAAGGAGAUGGUGUGAAAGAAGAGAGUCAGGUGAGCUUGGACAUGGCUUUACAGCACCUUCUGGACUAUGAAGGGAAGUGGAUGCUGUUUGAUGACUCAGAGGUGAGGCUGUUUGAGGAAGAAGAGUUCCUACGUGCAUGUUCUCCUGAGACCUGUUCCACCUCCACACCUUACCUCCUCUUCUACAGGAAGGUCUCAGGAGAAAUGAACUGAGUGGCAACUGGACCACAUCCAACAUUUAGAAAGAACCUUCUUGUCAUGGUUGCAGAAGAAACAAGCUAAAGACGAGGUUAAGGUUUAAAGGAAUACUCCAGGGAUGAGAAAUUACUCUGUCUGCCAUAUGUGAAGCAUGUGUCAUUACCACAGACAAGCAUUUCAGCAUGGACACUGUAGUGAUGGAGUGGACAGAUCAUACGUUUAUUAGGGUAGAAGUUUGUGUGCUACCAGUCCCAGUCCCAUAAAACUCUUGACUAUGGUAAUCGCACAUGUGCUUCAAACGCAGAUGGCCAUUCUGUUUAAAAAAUGCUCGCGUAUUCCUUAAACAGCUGGUGUGUGUGUGUAUUUUUAUUUAUAUAUAUAUAUAUAUAUAUAUAUAUAUAUAUAUAUAUAUAUAUAUAUAUAUAUAUAUAUAUAUAUAUAUAUAUAUAUAUUACAUACAUACACACACACACACACACACACACACAAAGUAUGCCCAAUGCUGCAUUUGUGCCUGUAUGUGAAUUUUUUUUUUUUUCCUCUCUAUUCUCUUGUCACAAACAUUUUGUUUCUGUCCUAUCUUCAUUCCCUCUCAAGAACCUGACAUGAGUUUAUCACCUACUUUUUAAAAGCCCUUACAAAAUGCACCUUGGCACUAACUGUAGUGCACUUAAUGUCUUGUAAGUCUUUGUUCUCCUGUGGCCCAAGUCAGGUAAACUGCUCACGCACUGGUUUUUAUAGUUGGAUGUUUUUUUGUUGUUUUUUUUUUGUUUUUUUUUUAAAAGGAUACUCUUGUAAAUUUUCAUUUUAUUCUUAUGUACAGCUUCAGAUUAUUUGUAGGAUAAUGUUCCAUAGGGUGUAAAUAUAACAUAGUAUAACAUAUAGUCUCAAUGUGACAGGUUUUUUUUUUUUUUUUUAAAAGCCAGAACAGAAGUGAAGAACUCCAGCUAUGAGCUCUAAACAGAGAUGAGCCAUUUGCACACAGAUGUGAGUAUAGCUUAAGCAGUUCAGGGCUUGAUCAUAUUGUCUGUAGGUAACUGCAGGAAUAGAGAAAAAUGUAUUUUUGUAGUUUUUAUCCUAUUGUACCUCAGUCCAGUGACAACUUUUCCACUUUGCCACUGCCAUGUCGUGAGAUCUGGGUCUUGUCAUUCCGAGCUAGCUCUACUCAGAUCAGUUCUGAAAUAAGCUACAUCUGAGUCAGAUGUGAGAUCAGAUCUAAAAUGUUAGGGAUGUGUAAAUAGUUAAAGAACGGAGGAGCUGCAUGAUGAAGUAAGUCCCUGAUCUCCACCGUGCUCACUGGUGUCAAAGCUAAAGCCAUGCUUACCUAUAAGCAAUAACUGCAGACUUUAUUUUUUCUUAUGGAGAAGUUACCUGUGACUACAGAAAAGGCAGUUAGACUAUAUUCAGGGCAAAUGCUGUACGUGUAAAUUCUUUUGACGUUUCUAUGUUUGUGCCUUUUUGUAGUCUCUUGUACACCCAUUAAACACCAGCACAUUAAAAGUCAACUUGUACUCUUUCAAUUAA